AUGGGCGGUAUCCCCUGGCACUCGAAAGGGUGCAUGAUGUGCCGGAAACGCAAAGUCAAAUGCGACGAACAAGAGCCGGAAUGCGCCCGAUGCAUCAAACGCGGUGUCAAAUGUCCUGGUUACGAAAAGACUCGCAUCUUCAUCCAUCAUCCCUUGGCGAGACGGGAGAAAGCUCCGGCCUCGGUCCCAAUCACUGAAUCGCAGUAUCAGAUCGAGUAUCAAAGUCCAUAUCAGGCCCAGAUCCAGAAUCAAUAUCAAGUUCAGAAUCAAGAUCCGGCUCAGAAUCAAUACCCAGUCCAAUACCAAGACCCCGUUCGAGCCUUGGUGAUGCCGAGCAACGUGACCUCUGGACCAGUAGCGCGCGAACAGGUUUUUUCGUCUUUCACCAAUGUCUUCUUCAGUCAUACCGAGGAGGUUUCCUCGUUGAACCUUUGGCAGUACCUGAUUUACAAUUUUGCGACCCUUCCUAACAAGACGAAUAUGCUUGAGAGAGCGAUCUCUGCGGUGUCAUGUCUUUACAUGGGCAAGAUGAACAACGAUGAUCAUAUGUACAACUAUGGUCUGGACCUGUAUGGAACUGCGAUUCGGAGUGUGAAGAACAACAUUUAUCGGAAUGCUUGGAACGCGGAAAUUGUGUAUACUGCCGUUAUUUUCCAGGAGUUGGAGGGAUACUGCUGUGCAUUUGAUCUCCGAGCAUGGCUGGCCCAUACUCAGGGAACGAGUACACUGCUGCGUUACUAUCGUGAUAUUCUGCCUCGGAACCCCCUUCUUGACGCCAUUUACAACCAACAUCAGAAGAUGCGACUGAUCAUUGCGACCGCGGGAGUCAACAUCACAGAAGACGAAUACCAAUAUCUGAAACGUUCAAGCGACGGCAUUUCAACCCCACUAUCCGAAUUGCUCGCAGUCUACGCAGAAUUUGGACCUCUCUCGACCGUCCUGAAUUCAAUUUCCCCCAGUGAUCACGAGGGAUGCGAGACUCUACUACAAAAUUGUAUCAAACAAAAGAACAGAAUCACCGCGUGGUAUGCUCAGUAUGGCUACGCGAGAGGCCUCUUCGUGUGCGCUCCAGAUGAAUGCAGAACCGACGAGCUGCCUCCAACAGAGGAAUUGUUCGGUGCCGGGUAUCGGUUCUCCUCGCUCGAUAAUGCUAGAAUGCAUCAUUGGUACUGGAAUGCGCUGGCGACUAUUCAGCCUAUGAUUUACAAAGCCAAAUCCCUCGUUCGAUCUUAUCCGCUCACCCCCGAGAGCGGCUCUGACAAGCUGCCAGUCGACGACGAGGAUCAUCGGAUGUCAGAGUUUUACGCCGAUGAGAUCUGUCGCACUAUCCCGUACUAUGCGAAUGAUACAAAGACACUUUCCGGAAUUCGCAUGUUGAUGUUCCCCAUGAGUGGAGCUAUCAAGGUCUACAUCGGCCUAGGGAAUCGGGAGAAGUUCCUGUGGUGCCAACAUGCUCUUCGUCUGAUUUCGAACCGUGGUCUUAGCUCUUCUCGUCGCCUCAGUGAGCUGUUUUGGAACAACUGGAAUACCAGAAUUGACGAUUUGUGCCCUGUUCCUUGUCGAUCUCUGCGUGAUGAAAUGUUGUCCUUCGAACUUUCUACGGAGCAUCAAGAGAAGGUGUUUGACGUUGGUCAAAUGCUUGAAGAGUCCAAGUCCAAUGAGACGCUAAAGUCGAACGUGGUUCCCAAAUCGGCUGAGGUGACGAAAUCACCAGAAACUCCUACGGUGGACAAGGCACCGAAGUCCAUGCCAAAGUCCAUGCCAAAGUCCAAUCCAAAGUCCAAUCCAAAGUCCAAUCCAAAGCCAAAGCCAAAGCCCAGCGAGGAGCCAAAGGUCAGGGAGGAGCCACGGGUUCAAGGCGAAAUUCAAUUUAUCCAAGAGGUUAUCAAGGUUUAA